AAUGACGUGGACCUGAAUUUGGAUGACUCCUUCUAGAUUCCAGAUAUUCACCCUCCCAAAAGCACACCCAUUGAUCUCACAAUUUAACGCCAGAGCACUUGCAAUCUUUCCACCUUCUUUCUUCACCUGACCAAAACGAAAACACCAACCAUGAGUUUGGAAAUGGAAUGUACAACUCUAUUCUCUGUCAUUGACAGCUGGGAAUCACUAAGACGCGUCCCAAACCAUAACGAAGUGGCUGGAACUAUCCUAUUCAUGCAUCUCUUCGAGUUGUGCCCUGCCACCAAGGUCCUCUUUGGCUUCCCCAUGGAUAUGGACCCCCGAUGUGAAGAAGUCAAGAAUAGUCCACGCUUCCAGACUCAUGCCAAAUACAUGAUCAAUAUGCUUGACAGAGCCCUCAACAUGCUUGGACCUGAUGCUGAGCUCCUGGGAGAAAUUCUCUCUGACUUGGGCAAGAAACAUGCCAGGCUUGGCGUUCAGGAACGCUUCUUUCCUUUUAUGGGAGAUGCCCUCAUCUUGACGCUUCGAGAAGUGCUUGGUACUGAGUUCACCCCUGAUAUUGAGUCGCACUGGAAGGAAGUCUACCACGCCCUCUCCACCAACAUUGUCAAGUCCAUGAACUCGGAGAAGUCCGUCUUGGAUAGCUGGGCAAGCCUCAAAGAGACGGAGGACUACGAGGAGCGCUCCGGUUCACUCUUGUUCCGCAAGCUGUUUGCAUUGUGUCCCGAAACCAAAACUCUCUUUGGAUUCCCCCUUGAUUUGGACACAGAAUCAGAGGUCUUGCUCAAGAGUCGACGAUUCCGAAUGCAUAGCAAGUACUUUAUUGAAAUGCUGGACAAGGCACUGGGCAUGGUAGAAGCGAAGCAAAUGGAACAAAACCUGAAGGAACUGGGGCAGUUGCAUGCAGCGUACGGAGUCAAGCCAGAGUUCUUUGCCGUCAUGGGUGAAGCUCUUUUUGACACUUUGGAAUCCAUGCUGCCAGAUCAAUGGAACAAGGAACUCCAUGCCCAAUGGCAGGAUGUGUAUGCGCGGCUGUCCUCUCAGAUGAUUGCUGCCAUUCGACAAGCCAAGAAAUAGACGAUGCCACGAAAGGCUGGUUUGUGCUCUUGGUAUAGCCAGCGGAGGCAAUUUUUUGCACUGCCAGAUUGUUUUGCCCAACACCAACCCAAAGAUUCAGAUGCAUAUGAAGUUAUAGAUCGUUCAAUAGUUCAUUUUUUC